AUGAACCAAGACACUAUGUAUCAUCGGCACAGUCAGGACAGCUUCUUCUUGUUCUUCAGAACCGCCCAGAUUCGCAACGAGGUGGUGGGAAAGGAACCCUUUGAGGUGGAACUCGAAGCGGGGUCGUUCUACUGGGGAGAUCAUCUGGCCAAUCCCAUCAUCCACAAGGUCUGCGUGGGCAACCGCAAGCUAGAUUGCAUGGAUAUCGAGAUCAAAGCGGAUCGCCCCAGACCCGCAAGCCUCAGCCCCGCACUCCCAAGCACCUUGCAACGGGACCUGUGCUUCGAAAAUGGUGUCCUGCGCGCCUACCGGGUAAAGCUUGCCCCUGGGGAGUGCAUCGGCAGUGUCUUCGAUGCGGGAGGUGGAGACGGGUCGAUGGUGCCGGUGCCGUUUGGGUACCUCGCUGUUGCCAUGACCAUCGCAAAGUUGUCGAGCGGGGGGGUUAUGCCCGGCGACAAUUGGUGGUGUGGCAAGUCCUCGGGAGACAUUUCUGCCGGUGACGCUGGCACUACUACUGAUGGUGCAUGGAGCAACGUUGGAGAGGAAGAAGUGGAGGUGAUGAUUCUCCAGCCCACGUAGGAGCAUGACCAACCGUCGUCGUUCUGAGGAACAAGUGCUCUCGCACAACUCUCCGUAUAUUUGUGUAGCGGGCUGUUGAGUUUUUGUGACGCAGGGGUAGAGCAUGUGUAGAUAGAUGAGUCCCGCGUUGAGAAAGUAUGGAUUGAGUCGUUGUUUUGUGUCUCAUGCCUCAUGCCAAAGGGGGUUGGUCAGAUGAAGUACAUUCUUUUGCGGGUUGAUUUCGGGACAGAACGUCAUCGAUCGGUGCGUGCGAGAAGGACACAACCUCUCCCCUCUCGAUGUAAAAAACCUUGAAAGUUGCGGAACUAAGGAGUUUGCCUUGUUUGGCCUCGCGUGUCGAGCGGAGAAGGUGGUCCUAUGCAUAUCUCUAUU